GCGAGUGAAAUUGUGCAGCCACUUAGAGAAAACUACAGAUUGACCAAAAUCUGCAAUUCUUUGAAGUAAUGUUUAUAGAUUUGGCAGAUGCAUGCAAGAACGUUUUGAACUGGUUUUAAAUCUUGUUCUGGUGGUCGAUGACAAUGGAUGACAUCGAGAAAGAGAUUGAUGAAGAGUUGAGGAAAUUAAACUUAGAUCCCUUUGAAAAUGUUUCAGAAGAAUCAGAAGAUGAAAACUUUACUGCGUUGGAUGCAACUCUUCAUUCAGAAGAUCUUUCUGACUCGGUGCUUGCAUACAUUGAAGCUUCAAGAACUCGAAUUAAUGCCUUUGAACAAUUAAUCAUUGAAGAUGUUGAGGAAAAAGACUCCUUGAGUCAGGAACUUUUCGUCACCCACAAUGAUAAUAUAAUAAAUGAAGGAGCUAUGGAUUUUAUAGAGGAACCCAAAACGUGGAAGGAAAGAGUAGUCUGUGGAGUGAGGGAACAGGUGGAGUCACUCAGUAUGGAUGUUGUAAUUGACCGUGACAUUUGCACUGAGAGUGAAUUGCAGCUUAGUCUUGAAUGGAAAGAAUUGGAGAAAAGACUAAAAGAGGAAGAGGAGCAGAAAUUAGCGACACAGAAGAUGGAAAGAGAUCUGCAUUUGAACUCCGAGAGGGAGGAGAAAGAAAGGAGAAAGAAGUCACUGAUGGAGUUCGAGGAGCAGCUGAGGAAGGUAGAGAAGACCGCUCUGUUUCAAAAUGUUGGAGAAAAAAAUAAAGUUCAUUACACAGUGGAUCAACAAGAAUUGAAUAAACAGCAGGAGUUUAUAUGGAAGCUGGAGAAGGAGCUAGAGGGGGAGAAACAGGCUUUUGAGGAGGCUCAGCAGGAGGAGAGAAAGAGAAUCCAGGAGCUUCAAUGCAGAUCUGCUACAAAGAUCCAAGCUGCUCUCAGAGGAACGUUAGCACGCCGAUGGAGCACAAGAGAGCUCAAGAGAAAGAAAGAGGAAGAAAAAAGACUUGAGGAAGAGAAGAGGGAGUGGGAGAAAAUAAAGAAGGAAAGAGAGGAGGAGAGGAAGAGAACCGAGGAGGUAAAACGUUUUCACAGGGAGGAGAUGGAGAGACGCAGGGCUGAGUAUGAGGCCUCAAAAGAACAAGAACGCCAUCGUCUGGAGGAAGAGAAAAGACUUGAGCAGCAGAGGAGGAAGGAGGAAGAUAGAGGAAGGAGGGUGAUGGAGAUGAAAAUAGAGCAGAACAAUAUUACAGGUGUAGAAGAAAGAGAUGUGAAUGAAGAGAGCCAAUGUGUGAAGGCAGAGAAAAUACUUCUGCAGCAGAGGAAGAAAGGUGAUGAUGAUGAUGAUGAUGAUGAGAGGAGGAAAGAGGUGAAGAGGAAGGAAGAGCAAAACAACGUCACAAAUGUGGGAGAAAGUAGAGUGAAAGAGGAGAGCCAAUGCCUGGAGACCGAGAAAAAACGUCAUCACAACGUAAUUACUAGUGUGAAAGAGAGGACAGUAAAAAAGGAAAGCGAAAAAUAUGAGGAGAAUGUUGAGAAGAAUAAAGAAUAUGAUAGAAGGCAACUGGUGAGAAGUAGCAGAGCAGAAAACAAAUGUCAAAGAAAGGAGGAAAAUGAGGAGAGAGGAGAAAGAGCGAUUCAAGGUAGUGAGGAGGAGGUAAGGGAAAGAAGAGAUAAAAUGGAAAGAAUAAGAGAUGUGUACAAGGAGAAGACUGUAUUGGACAAAAGUGUAAAAGUAGACAGGUUUGAUGAUCAGAAACGAUCAAAAAAGUGCUAUCAAGAAAAGAAAAAAGAUGGCAGUGAAGAACUUGACUGUCAGAUGGAUCUCCUGCAGUCAAAAGAGAAUCAAAAACUUACUACAGCCCAUCCACCGCCCUGCAUAAAUGCACAUCAAGAACUCUCUAAUGACCAUUGCAUUAGCCUGUUUGGUUCACCGAAAACUACAGGUCAUCUAAUUUUUGAAGUGGACACAUAUACAGAUAAAAGUCUCAAUGGUGUAGAACAUAAGAUGGACACUAGGGGGCAGCAAAAUACUACAACUGUUUUGCUUGAAAACUGUGGACCAGAGAUCCAAGAAUCGGGUUCUGAAUGUCUGCCUGACAGCACAGAGCAGAAGCGUUUGGCCUGGAUAAAGAACUGCACUCCUUGGUCCAUACUGUCAUUGCAGAAUAAAAAGAAGAGGCCAUCUGCUCAACAACAGUCCCGUAAGAGAGGGGCAAGAAGAGGAAAAUUACCCAGCCUGCCUCCUUUGUCUGUGGACACUAUUCUUAAGACAGGAGCUUGGAGUUCUCUCAAACAGGUUACAACAGUAACUCUGGAAGACCUGCCGGGCUGUAACCUGUCCACACUGUCUCAGUGUUACAAACUACAGACGUUAACCCUUAGACGCUGUGGACUCAUAUCCUUGGAUGGACUUAACCAGUGUUCUCAGAUCAGAUACAUUGAUGUACAGGAGAACUCGGUCACACAUGUGGAUUGUGGAGGUCUGGCAAACCUUAAAGUCCUCCUGCUGGGUAAAAACCAGCUUACAAACAUCCAUGGCCUUGAUGAUGCUGAGAAUCUCCAGGUCCUUCAGCUGUCACACAACAACAUUUCACGUAUAAGGGGUUUAGGAGCCCUGAAAGUGCUUCAGAGAUUAUUAGUGGACCAUAACCAACUGCUCAGCAUGAGAGGUUUAAAUGAAAUGUAUACACUUCUGCAUCUGGACUGUUCAUACAACCACCUAAGCCACGUCGAGGGUUUGGAGAACUGCGCUCUCCUCAAUACGCUGGAGCUUAGAGGAAACAGCCUAACUCAGCUCCCUGUCCUGCAUAACCACGUACUUCUGAGGGACCUUUCUCUGGAUGACAAUCUUAUAUCUUCUAUUCGUGACCUGGAGUCUUAUUGGUUACCUUUGCUCCAAAACCUCUCCUUAGCUCAUAACAGUAUAACUGACUUAAUUCCACUCUUGGACUUGAUGUCUCUGAGGACGCUGAACAUCAGUCAGAACUGUCUUUCAGACCUUCAAAAUGUUUGUCUGAACCUUCAGGGAUGCUUCAGUCUUCAAGAACUCAACCUGAAUGACAAUCCGCUACAGCGGGAGAUGAACUGGAGGUCCUUGCUUCUGGAGACAGUGCCUGGCUUGAUUAAGCUGAAUAAUGAGCAGACUUCUGUAGCAGCAGCGUCCUCUAAAGGCCCAAGACAUCAGUGGAGUUUCCAAGCCCUCUGUCAAGCACAGCAGAGGCAGCAUGAUUCACUCCUGCAGAAACAUAAGAUGGAGAUCAGUUAUGCGCCCUCUCAACACGAUGCCCAGCUUCUUUCCAGUGGUCACUGUGCAGACCUCUUCAAAUUGGCAGUGGACCAGCGUUACGCCCAUGAAUAUGGGGAAAGCUUUGUUACGGACGAUCCUGCAUCUUCCACAGCUGCUGACAGCAGUCAGUGUGAUUUUUCUGAAGCAUUUCCAUCACAGAGGAUAAGCCCAGAGAAGCAACCUCAGCAUACAGCAGAUCCCCAGAAGACUCACCGUGAGCUUCAAACUAAUGACCUUCAAACCGACUUCCCAGACAGCUGUACUGAGACACAAACUGAGAAGGAACCUGUUCAGACUUUGAACCUUGAAAAAGCGGCUGUGGUCAUCCAGCGAUGCUGGCGGAGAUACGUAUUGCAGAGACGUGGGGGCCCCUCAGGCUUAAUUGCAAAAACUCCAGAAAGAUUGAAUAUUCGUAGGAUGGAGGAGACCAGCAUUGAGAGGCCAGAACUUCCGAAGAGCGACCGUGCUGCUGUUGUUAUACAGGCUGCGUGGAGGGGCUACGAUCUGCGGAGAAGGCUGGCCUGCGCUCUUGCCGGUGCGCGGCUCACGGAGAGCGAUGAGGACUUUGAAGAGGUGGACACGGACGAAUUCAUUUUUGAUGAGAAGGCGAUGGAGAAAGACUGGAUAAGCCUGCAUUCCAAUACGUCACCGGUCAGGGCGAUGCCAUAUUCAGCUCACUCGCCGUUGCCAAAGCCUCGUGAGAGUCCAUCUGUUGUUCCAUGUCUACCCAAACAUGCCUGGUCAGAUAGUAAAGGUGCAGUCCGCUUGGAGCAAAGUGUGUCACCUCACCUUAAUAGCAGGUUUACGAAAUAUUCUGAAUCAACGCUCAGAAACAACACCCUUUCCGAGAGGUCAGAAACAAUCCUCAAAGAAUGGGGCUUCACGAGUAACUCCACUGCUCUUCUCAUGCUGAAGAGAGCCAAUAAAAUGAAGGGCAGUAAACCACAACACAAAAGAUUAUUGGUUCGUCAAGUUGAGAAUGACUUUCAGAACGCACAGAGAGUCGAGGAACCACAGAAUUAUAAGGAGAAAACUUACCAGUGGCUCCACGCGCAAGCAAUUCAUCCUCACACAGAUGCUGCAGUCUCAGUACGGGAUCAUUUCCUCCCUGAGAUUGAUCGUGAUAUUCUUUAUGGUGGAAGGGUGCAGCUUGUGGCCAGUGUUGGUGGAAGGAGUGGUGUAGAUUCAAGAGCUAAGCUUUGGGCAAAUGCCACUGGUGUCUCUCCACCUCCUAACAAACCAACUCAGGCACCGAGACAUUCAACUGAACAUGAAAAGACAGAAGUUCCAUCACCCAACAGAGUCAAUUCAGCUCCGUCCCGAAAGGAACGCAUCUCAUUCCGGGACAAUCCGGUCCGGCAAAGUGGAGGCUGGGGUGGAGGAAAGAAGAGGACUCAAUUGAACAAGGUGUGAUGGAUGUCUUGUUGAUGUAAGCCCUUAACAAGACUUACAAUGCACAUUUGAUCUCUAGUGAAAUUCCCCGCAGCUGCUGUUUUUACUAAAAUCCAGCUUCCUCUCCUCCAAAUGAAUUAGAAGCAAUGGAUGAGAUAUAGCCCAAAUAUCUGCAGGCGGUCACAGGAUACGUAUUGCUUUCAAGUAUCACUCCAUUUAACGUGAGCACCGUGAGUCAUGGAAUGGGUGGAAACCAUUUACAAAUGACAUGCUUAAUAUGCAGACAAUGACAGCCAAUAGAAUCCAGCUCAUUCCUGUUUUAAUUUGCUUUUUUGGUCCUUUGCUUGUACUGGAAUUUUGCUUUUGUGUUGUUCCUAAAAGCGUUGUUUUCCUAAAAGUAAAAAUAAGAGUGAAGUAUGUUUAUUGAAAGUUAUAAAUCAAUAAUCACUGUCAAUGAAGUAUUUGUUUUGUAUACAUUUUCGCCGCAAACAUUCAUUUUGUAUUUGAUUUGAUAGAACGCUAAAAGCACAGAUCCAAAAACUAUGGCAUACAGGUCCAAAAAUGUGUUUUUUCUAGCGUUAGUAUCAGAUAGCGAUAGCUGUGUUUUAAAUUGCACAUCAUGAAGCUGACUAUUCACAAACAGUGGUUGGAAAAUAAGUUUCUGGCAUCAUCUUAGAGCUGAUUUUUAUGCCUAGAAAUGUUCAAAUAAAUCUAGAAAAAAAUCAUGUCUUAUUAGUGGGAGUUUUGGCAGCGUGUUUAGGCAGGCCAUCCAUAGGUCUCAGACUCAUAAUGGAAAGACCCUGUCUGAACUUGGUGUACUGUAAACAUAUGUGUGUUAAUACAUACAUAGAAAUAGGACCAAAUUUGAGUAUUUUCAACUGGACGAUUACAGACUGGUUAAACAAGUGCCUUGUCUCAUUAACAUUAAGUUUCCAACUUUCCACUUUUGCUACACAAGCUCACAAAAGCAGAAUGACUUCACAGACUGAAUGCCAGCGGGUAAUUCGUGCCAGUUGUUACCCACUGCAAACAUAGGCAAACCAUGAGAGAAAAUCUUUACAACUGCCAGUGUGAGUAGAUCUGGUUAGCAGGACCCUUCGGAAGUCUACCUAUCGGUUUGUAAUAGAUGUUGGAUUUAACUAUCUAGAAACACGUUAUAAGCGAAUUAAAUAUGCAUUGACUAUAUUCUUCACACUAAAAUGAAAAGGCUUUUCAAACCAGAUUUCAGUCAGAGAGCUCUAUGCAUCUGGCCUGACCAGAGCAGCUCUAUCUCAGCAGCUGCCUGUGGCCAAACCGUUUAUUAUGAUUUUAAUGACUAAAGUGACUGCAAAGGCGUGUGCAUACAAACCCAGCUGACACGCUCACUCUGGCCUCUGACCUUCACUAGAGAUUCAUUCUGUCUACGAAACAUGAGAGAUACAGUGACGGACAAUAAACAAUUGUGUCCUGUACAGAACCAUUCCACCACCACUCUUUUGACUGGUCUGUUUCUUGUACACUGUAUAUACUGUAUGUUAUAAUAUUGACAUUUAUAUUAUUUUGUAUUUUAUGUUAAUAUUUGUUUUAUUCUAUUUAUGAUAUUAUAUUAUAUAUUUUAAUCAAUUUCUGUCAUUAGGCCUAAAUCAAUAUAGCCUUAAC